CCACAAUCAGGGCUGGGGAUCCAGCCGGCAACCAAGUUAGGUGCCCUUGACCAGAAUUGAACCCCAGACCCUUCAGUCCUCAGGCCGACCCUCUAACCACUGAGCCAAAUCAGCGAGGGCCAUGGUGCUGCUUUUUAAAGUUACCUGGAGUCAGCUAUUGUCCAAAAAUAUUAAAUGGAAAAUUUCAGAAAUGAAUAAUUCAUAAUUCAUAUACUUGGCAUCAAUUUGAAGAGUGUGAUGACAUCUCACACUGUCCUGCUCCUUCCUGCCUGGGAUGGAAUCGCCCUUUUGUCCCGCGUCUCCACGCUGGAUAUACCACCUGCCUGUUAGUGACCUAGCAGCCACCUUGGUGAUCUGAAUUUUGGAGAGAGAGACCACAGACACAUACAUUUUUUACAGUGUAUUAUUGUAAUUGGUCUCUUUUAUCAUUAGUUGUUGUUAAUCUCUCACUGUGUCUAAUUUAUAAAUUAAACUUUGUCAUAGCUAUGUACCUAUAAGAAAAUACAUAGUGGAUACACGGUUCAGUGCUACCCAAGGUUUUCGGCAUCCACUGGGGGUCUUGGAACAAAUCUUCCAGAGAUGGGGGUGGGGGCGAACUACUAGUAUUUUUCUUGUAUUGUUCAUCUCACGUUAUAAAGUGCCUUUUAUAUAUGUCCAUUCAUUUGACCCUGACACCAGCCUGUGAGCUAGGUUGAACUAUAAUUUCCAUUUUAGAAAAGGGAAGCAGGCAGAGGGCAGAAAGUGAGUUAUCCAGGGGUAUGUAGUUGCUCAGAAGCACAGCAUGGCUUCAUUCCACACUCCCCUGCUCUGGGGCCUGAGCCCUUUCCUGACUUCCUCCGGCUGGCCUGAGGCAGGCAGCUUUGAUGAGAACCAGAAUAGACUCAGGUGCAGUGUUAGGCAGUCACAGAGCCAGGCAGGAAGCAGCAGCUGGACCUGCCGGAUUCUCUAAACCACGUGGCAGGAUGGGAGAGAAAGUGUAGAUUUGGGGCAGGAUGGCAGGAGGGCUUAGUCAGAAUCAUAAACAAUGAAUAUACCAGUAGAGGGCAGAGAGGAAAGCUAGGGGACUGGUCUUCAGGGUGCUGGUAGCCUGGAUAUCUGAGAAAUACCAAUUUCUCAGCCCAAAGCCUUCCUUGGAGAAAUGUUUCCUGACCUGGGUUUCACUCUGGCUGAGACCUGUUUGCCUGCUCACCUCUUUGGGUAUCACUGAGCCACUUCUCCACCCAUGAGAAAUCAUUGAGUUUCCAGGUUGCCUAUUAGCCCUUUGGCUUAUCCCAUCUGGUCAUCUUGUCCUGCCCUUCACCAAGGCCACUUUUUAAACCCUACCAUCAGAUCCCAAAUGAGUCCUGAGCCAGGUGAGAAGCUGUGUGUGCGUACCCGGGUGUGCAUAUGUGUGUGUGGGGUAGUGAGUGGAAUGGAGAGGCAGCAGAAGCAGCAUGAUGGCCUACUUUGAUGAAUGCAAUCCUCACGUUACAUCCUGCAGGGUAGGGAGGAUCGUGUGUCAUCCACAGGAAGGAAGCUGGCUUCAGGGAGACUGGAGGUACUUGUUUAAGGCCGCACCUCUGGGAUUCCACCUAGUCUCUCUGACUUCCCUCAAAGGGGGCCACAGUGGGCCUCUGAGCAUGGAGUGAAGGCUGUUGGCUUAGUAAAACUGUUUCCUUCAUGUAUAUCAGCCUCAAAGAUUAAAAUCUUACUUUGGAUUUUCAAAAACAAGCUACUUUUAGUUUUAGUUUGUAGUCCUUCUGGGGACAAUAUAUACCCAAUCCUCUGCUUUGGGGCUCCCGCCUCCUACACCCUCCUUUGUCUGGCCUUUCUGAUAGAUUAGAUACUAAUCUGCUCUUGCCUUUCAAAUAUCUCUUCAGAUAGAAGAGGCUGAGCUACCAGCACUGUCCUUCCCAGCUUGAUCCUUGUCCCACACCCGACCCUUGUAUGGGACUGCCAUUGCACACCACCGCUGGCAAUGAUGUCCAAUGCCUAUCUUUAACUGCCUGGUCUCUACACUGGAAGUGCUUAUGUCAUUGCAAAUCUUCUCUUUAAUAUGGAGUAGUAACCAUAAAAACAACAACAGUAGCAGUGACACUGGUUUCACACAUUUGCUUUAAUCCCAGAAGGUAGCUAUAAUUUUUAUUACCUGCCUUCUUCUCUGCCAUCUUCAUCCAGGUAGCUUACUCAAGACCAUGUAGUUGCAAAGUACCAGAACCAGUGUUUGAACCUCGUCUUGUCUGAAGCAGAAUGGUCUCAGUGUGCUUUCAAGUCUCUUCUCUGGGAUGCCGACAUUUACAAGGGCAUUUUGGCUGCAGGGACAAGCUGGGUAGCUAUGUUAGGCAAUAGUCUAAUACAGUAAUUUUUCCCAACUUAGCAGCAGUACGUCUUUAUUAAUUAUUUUGAAAAAUUUCUAACUGCCAUGUGCACCCUUAUGUUGUCACUCCUGAAUGGAUCAUAAGCCAGAGUUAAAAGAUAAAGAUCUCAUGAAAUAAGUAAGCUAUUUUCAUGUCAUUUUUUUAUUUUAAAAACACACACUCGCAUUAUUUCUUUACAUGUAUCUCAAUGUAUGAACAUACACACAUAUGAACAUCCUAGUGAACAUUGAUUGCCCGGCUGCCAGAAGAGUGAUCACAAUGAUAAUAAUGAUGAUGGUGACAAGGGUACAAUACUUAGCAUUUAUUGGGGGCUAAUUAUGUACUAGACAAUCUCCUAAAUGCUUUGUGUAUGGUAGCUCAGUUAAUCCUCAUAAGGACUUUACUAGUAUGAAGUAGGAACUGUUGUCUCAAUUUCCCAGCUGAGGAAACUGAAGUGGAGAGGAUGAAGCAAUGUACCUGUGUUCACAGAACUAGUAAGCAGAUGAGCUGGGAUCCAAAUCCAAGAGUCUGGCCCAGACCCCACACUUUUCCCUCCUAAGCUGCCUCCUAGACACAUGGGUGGGCAUGUAAUUGAGGUUGGAAGUCCCCAAGUACACUCUUUGUCCCAGUGAAAAUUUUUCCACUAAGGAGUGCUUCCCUAAAGAGGUUUCUGGUUAGCGUUCUCAAUCAGCUAAGUAACUUAAAUUUAUAUUAAACACAUGUGUGUUUACUUCGAUGAUGAGUUAAGAAAAUGAGUGUAAAUAUAUUCACAAUCAUUGGGAUAGCCACCAUAUAAUCAAACAGCUAUAACCAUAAGAAGUUACAUCUAAUUUUAUAUUCACAAAUAUUUAAAAGUCACUAAAUAACAAUACAUAUUGAAGCUCAACACCAGGCUACACAAUAUUUUCUCCCUUUAAAAAUGGUCCAUAUUUUAUUUAAAUUUGACUAACACUAUUCUCGUUCUAGAAAUGAGAUGACCAGCUCUUUCAGAAUAUACAGCAACUGCCUCCACAAAAGCAGCGCCAGGUUUAGGAGAUUUACGGUAAAACCACCUUUCCUAGGACUUCCACUGGCAGUUUCUGGGAGAGCUAAGCUUCCCAUCCAUCUCAGAGGUUUGCUUUUCCUCUGGGAGAUGUUUAUAAUAGAAAAGCAUCAUUUGGGAUAUUUAUCAGCUUCUCCUGUCCCUCUGCUGUUUGGUGGGGCUGACCACGGGCAAGGAUAAAAUGAGCUGGUCAUCUCAGGAUCAUGGACAACAUGGAAUCAAGGCUCAAGACUAUCCCCUAUUUUCACUGUGAGAAGGGAAAUGAAUCUGUGCCCGUGUGCCAGAGGUGUGAAACGUGCAUCUUGGCUAGGAAGAUCUUCUCCACUAAAGAGUGGUUCCUAAGGGUCAGUGAGAUAGCUCAGAGGAGGUUUCUAGUGAGCAUUCUGGGACAGUUGGAUAGCUUAUAUUUGUUAUACUAUUUUCAAAAUAUCCUUCAGACCACACAGGGGAAGGAUUUCAUCUAUACCAGGUCCCGGAUCGACCUCAGCAAGCAGGAGGGGGACAUCAUGAAAUUCAUGAACCAGAUGCUGGAUAGGACAAUAGAGCAGAAGAUGAGGGAGAUAUUGUGCUGGUUUGGGAGCAGCACCCACCGGACUAAGGCAAAUUACACACUCUUGCUGCUUCAGAUGUGCGACCGGAAGUUACUACUCACUGCUGCCAACGUCAUCAGAGUCCUUUUUCAGAGGGAGCAGGAUACCAUUUUAGAACUUGGUCAAGACCCCAAUCUUAUGCUUUUAUUUCCUGAGAAAUACUACAACCCCCAGCUUGAUACUUCAAAUGUCUACUGGACAGCCAGAACCAAGAGCACAUCCUUCCCUUUGUCCAAAGAUUCAGGGGGAAAAAGCUUUCUUAAAAAUGUUGGGUGGGAAGCAUCUAAUACUGAGGGACAAUGGAGGAGUUCGCUCCAGUGCAUUUCCGAGAUGAAUAGGCUAUAUUCCGGAAAAGCUCACAUGCUCAAGGCAGGGCACACCUCCUCCAAUCUGUUGGUUGACAUGGAUGUUGUCAGAGACUUGUCUUCUGGAGCCAGCAAAUACCGGGACUUCAUCCGUCAACUGCCCAUCCAUAUCUCCAAGUAUAUUCUAAGUAUGCUUGAUAAAAGCACCCUGAACAGAUGUGCCGCUGUGAGCCAGCACUGGGCUGCACUGGCAAAGAAAGUCAAGAAGGACUUCUCGAUGCAUUCGUUCAUUCACAACCAGAUCGCCUUACUGCAGGGGUCCUACACAAAGGGAAUAGAUCCCACCUAUGCCUGCAAGCUUUUCGUCCCAGUUCCUAAAAUGACAGAUGACAUAAAGCGCAUACGUGCGAAAAAUCAGAAAUGGAAACUGAGAACAAAGAAUGACAACAACUUGUGGACAGCAUACCAGAACCAGGAAACCCAGCAGAUCCAGAUGGAGGAGAGAAAUGUCUUCUGUGGGACUUACAACAUCCAUAUUCUCUCUGACACGUGGGACAGAAAUAGAAUCAUCCACUAUUCUGGGGGAGAUGUGGUAGCUGUGUCAUCCAAUCGGAAGAUCCAGCUUCUGGACGUCUUACAAGCAAAGGAGAUCCCCGUCCAGUUCCGAGGCCACACUGGGAGUAUCCGGGCCCUCUUCGUGUGUGAGGAGGAAAACGCCCUCCUGAGCGGGAGCUAUGACCUGAGUAUCAGAUACUGGGAUCUGAAAAGUGGGGCUUGCAUACGAAUCUUCACUGGCCACCAGGGGACAAUCACUUGCAUCGAUUUAUAUAAGAAAAUGCUCGUGUCUGGAGCAAAAGAUUGCCAGGUGAAAGAGUGGGAUAUAAACACAGGGAAGUGUCUGAAGACAUUUAAACACAAAGACCCCAUCUUGGCCAUCAAGAUCAAUGACACCUACAUCGUGAGCAGCUGUGAGCGAGGAAUAGUGAAAGUGUGGCACAUUGUCAUGGCUCAGGUGGUAAAGAUUCUCAGCGGCCAUGAGGGAGCUGUGAAGUGCCUGUGCUUUGACGAGUGGCAUCUCCUCUCUGGAAGUGUUGAUGGCCUAGUCAUGGCCUGGAGCAUGGUGGGAAAGUAUGAGCGAUGCCUCAUGGCCUACAAGCAUCCUAAGGAGGUUCUCCACGUGGCCCUGCUCUUCCUCCGGGUCAUCAGUGCCUGUGCAGAUGGCAAGAUCCGCAUUUACAACUUCCUCAAUGGGAACUGUCUGAAGGUGAUGAAAGCCAAUGGCAGAGGUGAUCCCGUGUUGUCCUUCUUCAUUGGUGGCAACAGGAUGGUGAUCAACACAGAGAGCAAUAUCCUCCUAUUCCAGUUUGAGAAUAUCAAGUGGCAGUACUUCCUGGAACGGGCCAAACAAAGAAAGAUCAGGGAUAAAGAGGACAGGGAGGAAAACCUCCUGGAAGUCAUGUCUAAGGCUAGCACUCCGAUUCACAACCUGGGGAGCUCCAUAUCUAAUAAAUACCUGGUGGUUCAGGAGUCGCUGUUAAGUAAAUCUCACAAGUCCCGCGUUCUCCUGUUGCCAUCCAGGACAAUGACAGCAGGGUCAUUAGAGGUGCCUCAAAGUCAAAUAAAGCUAAAAUCACCCCGAAGAGAUGGAGAUAGCAAAAUGAGAGUGAGUGCUGUUUCUAAGGAAGUCAUUAGCUCAGAUAGUGAGCAGGAGAGUCAGCAAGCAAAAUCCCUUUCAGGAGAUGAUAUGGAGAGAGUACCCAAAAAAGGACAACUGGAAACUUUUGGACACAGGCCCAAACACUCAAGGAGGAAGUCCUGGAAAAUCUCUAUGUCGCCCGACCGGUUCCUACUGACAGUUAAUGCCUUGCAGCAAGCCCAUCAUUCAGGGAAGUAUGCCUAUCCCCAUAGGACAAAGUCCCAAGUCAUUGAUGUUUGGGAACCUUCAAUUUCACACCCAAGGAAGGUCCUUAGUUUCAAAGGAAAAUCAGUACAACAUGCAGUUGACACUUUGAGAGUCAGCCACCCUCCCAUAGAUGUGAAACAAACCAAUAUUUCCCUUGAAAUCCAGAAACUGCAGCCCAACUUGAAGAACUCUUUGCACGAUUCCCGAGUCCAGUCUUCCAUACCCCAGCCCAUGAUUAUCCGCUCCAGGAUCUCUGGCAGCUUAAAGGUUGAAGAUCAAGUCACCAGUUCCAUUGACGGGGCAGUACGCAGCAUCAGACCCUUAACCAGCCUGCAUGUCAUUAAGGCAAACCGUAUGGUGGCUCCACAAGUAGACAUGACAACCCAGCCUGUCAAGAAAGAACGGCCUUGCUACUGCCCGGCCCUGGAUCCAUUUAGAAUGAACAGCGAAUUCAUGCUGUUGACUGUGAGGGAGGAGAAAGAGUACGAGGAAGCCAAGCUGAAAGAAUAUCAGGCCACAAAACCCACUGAAGUGGUCAACCCAGAAAGGGCCAGAAAAGCUGCAUGGAUCAGGAAGAUCAAAGGCCUGCCCAUAGACAAUUUCAUGAAGCAAGGGAAAACCGCAGCCCCUGAACUUGGUCCAAAUGUUUUUAUCUGAACCAGCCUUGUGAAAUUGCAAUGUCUUGCAAUAAAAAGGAAAGCAAGUAGACAUUGGUGUUUGGCUUAUUUUAUUUUAUUUUAUUUUAUUUUAUUUUAUUUUAUUUUAGUGAAGUUGGAAUGACAUAGGGAGGGUGCUUGCUGUCAGUCAAACCUGGGAACAGAAAUAAGUGGGGGUCUGUGAAAAUUUGGGAAUGCAUAAUCCCCAGGAACUCGCUCUCUUGUUCCUGCUUCCUUGCAUUUCAUGUUUCCUCCAUAGCCAUGUGGCCCUGCGGAGCCCACACGCAGUGGACUGAUAGAUGCAGAUGGGAACACAAGCUAAGCUAGCCUGAUGCUGGACUGGACACUGCUCCAACAUGGAGCGAAAACUCUGGACACUGGCUCUGAUUCCAGCUCUGCUGAAGCCACAGCUACACUGCUUCCUCGGCGGGACAAGGGGACAUGGGAGCUUGGGAACUCAGGGGUUUAAUUCCACAGAAAUAAAGCUUUCUACAACAGCUCAUCCUCCCGUGCGAGGCUCCGAAAAUUCCUUUUCUCGGGAAAUCACAAGAAGUGCACUCCCACCAGCAACAGAUGGAGAUGUGGAGAUCUCCCUACCGCUAACAGUAUCGGGGUCCAGGCAGGUGAUUUAGAAGAGUGCAGUCCACCACUGGAGAGUCCAAGCCCCAUCCAAAGGGGACUGCUCCUACUCCGUGGCCAGCAUGGCCAUAGGAUGCUGUGAGAUAAUAAAAAAUAUCUAUUGGCCUCUGCCCCGCGUUCCUGGCACAGGCCCCGAAAGCCCUGUAAUUUCCCAAGCAAUAAGAACACUAGGAAUAUCUUUUGUUCUAAUAUUUGUCUUUGACCCCCUCCCUGGCACAGACAUCUUGAAAACCUUUUAAUUCCUAAGUGAUAACAACACUUAGUGUUCGAAUGAUAUGACUGGGUGGGCUCCUGGAUGGGCUCUUAUCACCAGAAAAAACAAGCCAUGAAGUUUGGAAAGAAAGGCUGGAAAUGGAGUUAAGGAUUAGACAUGCCUGCAUGAGGAAGCUCCAUAAAAACCCCAAUAGCAGGGGGUUUGGGGAGCUUCCAGGCUGGUGAACACAUCCACAUCCUGGGAGGCGACACACCCCAGCUCCACAGAAGCUCCUGAGCUCCGGACCCUUGCAGACCUUGCCCUAUGUAUCUCCAUCUGGCUCUGUGGUUUUUUUUUUGUUUUUUUUUGGUUUUUGUAUCCUUUUAUAAACUGGUAAAUGUGUUUCCAUGAGUUCUGUUAGCUGCUCUUGCAAGUUAAUUGAAUCUGAGGAGAGGGGUCCUUGCAACCUCUGAUCUAUAGCUAGUUGGUCAGAAGCACAGGUGAUAACCUGGGCUUGUGACUGGCAUCUGAAUACGUGUGUGUGCG